AUGGCGAUGAGCAUCCAAGUUAGAGCCUCCACCGGUUCAGCUUUGCCAUGGAAAUACGACGUGUUUUUGAGCUUCAGAGGCGCAGACACCCGCAAGGGCUUCACAGAUUACUUAUACAAAGAGUUGCAGCGGCAAGGAAUCAUGACGUUCAGGGACGAUCCACAACUUGAAAGAGGCACGGUCAUCUCUCCGGAGCUACUCACUGCAAUCGAGCAAUCCAGGUUUGCGGUCGUUGUUCUUUCGCCAAAGUACGCAACUUCUACGUGGUGCUUGCUUGAACUGUCUAAGAUUCUUGAUGCAUGGAAGAGAGAGGGGCGAAUUCUGCCAAUGUAUGAAACAGAGCUUAUCAGAGACAUUGUGCAUGUACUCUGGAGCAGAGUGCAUCCUAGUCUCACUGUAUUUGGGUCCUCAGAGAAGUUAGUUGGAAUGGAUACUAAGCUGGAGGAAAUAGAUGUUCUUUUAGAUAAAGAAGCAAAUGAUGUUCGCUUUAUAGGGAUAUGGGGGAUGGGUGGGUUGGGUAAGACAACCCUUGCUAGACAAGUUUAUGAGGGAGUCUCUCAUCUAUUUGAAGUUUGCAUAUUUCUUGCUAAUGUCAGAGAGGUUUCCGCAACUCAGGGUCUUGUUCAUCUACAAAAACAAAUUCUUUCCCAGAUCUUGAAGGAAGAAAAUGUUCAAGUAUGGAAUGUUUAUAGUGGAAUCACUAUGAUAAAGAGAUGUUUUUGUAAUAAAGUGGUUCUUCUAGUUCUUGACGAUGUGGAUCAAUCCGAGCAACUGGAAAACUUGGUGGGAGAAAAAGACUGGUUUGGUUCAAGAAGUAGAAUCAUCAUUACAGCUAGAGAUCGGCAUGUCCUAGUCGCAUACGGUGUAGAAAAACCAUAUGAGUUGAAGGGAUUAAACGAAGAUGAAGCUCUUCAACUCUUUAGUUGGAAAGCUUUUAGGAAAUAUGUGCCUGAAGAAGAUUAUGCCGAACUCUCUAAAAGUUUUGUCAUGAAUGCUGGAGGUCUCCCCUUAGCUCUUAAAACUUUGGGGUCUUUCUUGUACCAAAGGAGUCCAGAUGCAUGGAAUUCUGCAUUGGCAAAACUACGGAGUACUCCAAACAAAACAAUUUUCGAUUUGCUAAAAGUGAGUUAUGAUGGACUUGAUGAGAUGGAGAAGAAAAUUUUUCUGGACAUCACAUGUUAUUCCUCGCAAUGUCGAGCCAAGUUUAUUAUUGAACUACUAUAUAGUUCUGACGUUUGCAAUCGAAUUGCAAUAGAUGUUCUUGUUGAGAAAUCUCUCUUAACUAUUUCAUCAGACAAUGAAAUAGGUAUACAUGAUUUGAUACAAGAAAUGGGAUGUGAAAUUGUUCGCCAAGAGUCUUAUGAAGAGCCUGGUGGCCGCAGUCGGUUGUGGCUUCGCAACGACAUUUUUCAUGUAUUCACAAAGAAUACGGGAACAGAAGCCAUUGAAGGCAUAUUGUUAUGCUUGGCUGACUUAGAAGAGGCAUAUUGGAAUCUUGAGGCCUUCUCUAAAAUGCGUAAACUGAGGCUGCUCUACAUUCAUAAUUUAAGGCUUUCUCUUGGCCCCAAAUAUCUUCCUAAUGCCUUGAUAAUUCUGAAUUGGAGUCGGUAUCCUUCAAAAUCUCUCCCACCAGCUUUUCAACCGGAUGAACUUACCGAACUUAGUUUGGUGCAUAGCAAUAUUGAUCACCUCUGGAAUGGAAUAAAGUACUUGAGCAAGUUGAAAUCUAUCGAUCUUAGUUACUCCGUAAACUUGACAAGGACCCCAGAUUUCACAGGUACUCCAAAUCUUGAGAAGUUGGUUCUUGCAGGUUGUACGAGUUUAGUUAAGAUCCAUCCAUCCAUUGCAUUGCUCAAGAGACUCAAAAUUUGGAAUUUUAGAGACUGCAUAAGUAUCAAGAGUCUACUGAGUGAAGUGCAUAUGGAGUUUCUUGAAACAUUUGAUGUAUCUGGCUGCUCAAAACUGAAAAGGAUUCCGGAAUUUUUGGGGCAAAUGAAAAGAUUAUCGCUAUCUUUAGGUGGGAGUGCUGUUGAGAAACUGCCUUCAUCAAGUGAGCACUUGAGUGAGAGUCUGGUGAAACUUGAUUUGAAUGGAAGUGUUAUAAGAGAGCAGCCGUGCUCCCUUUUUCUUAAGCUGCAGAAUCUCAUGGUAUCAUCUUUUGGCUUCUUUCCAAGAAAGAGUCCUCACCCUUUGAUUCCUCUAUUAGCUUCCUUGAAGCAUUUCUCUUGUUUGAGGGAAUUAAAUCUGAACGACUGUAAUCUCUGUGAGGGAGAUAUUCCCAAUGAUAUUGGUUCUCUGUCCUCCUUACAGAAGUUGGAACUCAGAGGAAACAAUUUUGUAACUCUUCCGAGCAUUCAUUUGCUUUCUAAGCUUUAUUAUAUUGAUGUAAGGAAUUGCAAAAGGCUUCAACAAUUGCCAGAACUUCCGGUAAAUCAGCAGUUCUCUGUGCGAGCCGACAAUUGUACUUCGUUACAAGUGUUUCCAGAACCAUCAUAUUUGUGCCCAUCUUGGUUUUCACUCACUGGCAUCAAUUGCUCGAGUACGGUCGCUAAUCAAUAUGCUAGUUAUUUUUUGUAUUCAGCGCUAAAGCGGUUGAUUGAGGUUCUCUCUCAGUGUGAUAUGAUGGUUGGUACGGUACAGGUAACCCCUCUUUCUUACUAUUUCGAGUUGGCAAUUCCUGGAAGUGAAAUUCCUGUGUGGAUCAGUAAUCAAAGUGUGGGAGACUCGGUGACUGAGAAGUUGGAUGCAAGUAAUAGCAAGUUGAUUGGAUUUGCUGUAUGUGCUCUAAUUGUACCUCAAGAAAAUCCGUCUGCACACCGUGGUGUAGAUCCUGGUAUCUGUCUAAUUUCGUGGUGGUGGAAGAAAAGCAAUAGAGGAGGGGGUCUUUCUUUCGGUUUGAGUCAAAUUGUUUCAGAUCACCUUUUGUUAGUUGUUGCGCCGUCCAUUGACUAUAUAGAGGACCCGUGGCCUGAAGUUACGUUUGACUUCGAAAUCUAUGGAGGAAACAACAGAUGCAUGAAGGUGAAGAAAUGUGGGGCCCGUGCACUGUACCAGCACGACAUGGAAGAGCUGAUCAGUAUAAUGAACCAAUCCAAGAGCAGCAUUUCUCUUUACGAGGCUACGGAUGAACAAGAAGGUGCCAUGGUUACGGCAACAACAAGCAGAAAUGGUGCCUCUGAUGACGAAUAUUACUCUGCAGAAGAAUGA